AUGGUGACGGAUAGUGGUAUCUUGAAUGUGGCGACACAUUAUCAUAAGAUUGCACAUAUUAAGUUCAUCGAAUUUAGUAUCUAUUCGUCAUCUACUAAUAGUGAUCAAGCUUUGCUACAGUUGGAAUUAAAUAUCAGAUACAACAAUCCUAAUAUUUUAAUCACAUAUUACAAUAAGAGUUUAUACUAUUUCAGAAUUGAGGAUGAAAAGCCAAUAGAAUUCGCUGACGACGACUGUCUAGAGCUUAAGAGUACACAAAAGGUAAGCGUUGAAAACUUAUCUAAUUCUCCAAAGGGUAACAAUGGAGAUGAGAUGUUAGCAUUUGCUAGUAUAAGCUUCUUAAAGGCUGUCAAAAAGCAUAUAUUGUUUAACUUGUCACGAAAUCAUAUAGUGAGACUAUUUGGUAAUUAUUCAGUUGUGAAUCUGAAUGGCAUCAACAGCUUGUUGUAUUUAGACCCAGUAUUAUUACAAAAUGGUGAUCUUCUCAUAUCAACAGCCAUUAGAAAAAGACUAGAAUUGUACGAUUCAUCGGCAUUGAAUCUCAGUCCAGAUUCGAAUUUUGUUAUAUAUCUCAUUCCUUCUGGAAUAAGAUGCCAUUUAUUUGAUAAUGAUAAUUUCAGCAAAAACUUCGUCAAGAAGUCCAAGGUUGAUGACCUUAUAAAGCUAAUACAACUUUGCACGGGAUUGGAUUACUCGAGCGAAGACAUGUUGUGGGUAAAGCUCACUCCAAACCUCAAGCAUUUGAAUAACCAAACUUCGAGAAUAUCGAAGUUUAUACAUCUGGUAGAGAAUAAGAAGUUCAUUUUAUGGCCAUGGGAUUUAUGUUUAUUGCAGUUUGGGAACUACGAAGAAUCCGUAUCAGAUCUAAUGGCUAACCAAUCUGAAGACCAAAAUCCGCUUGAAUUGAUAUCAGAUUUCAUUGAUUUCAACAUAUCGAAUAAUAGUAACCUUCCUACGUCUUCGCAUCAGCAUACGAUGAGCCUUUCAAGUGUAGGAUCUACUGGCUUGAGUUCUGCGCCUCAUAGUAUCGGGCACAAGGAAACAAUGUCUAUGAUGAGCACACUUGAGAGCGGGCAGGCGGCUGGGGACGUAUUUGAUGCUCCAAAUUCCGAUCUUACAGGCUACUUCAUUAAUAAAACACCAGAUGGGAAUCCUAAAAACGAUGAGGAGCAGCCCAAACAAGGUGAGCAGAAUUCUUUUCCUGAGCUUGGUGACGAAAAUCAGAAUGACGAUAGCCAAUCCAAAGACGAUGAUAUGGAAAUAGAUGACUUAUUUGGGGACGGAAGCGACUUAGAUGAUUCUUCCCAGGAAGCUGUACCAGAGGAAGAAAAUAUUUUAUCCGAUAAACCUUCAGAAACCUUCAAUGUGGAUUCCAAGCUCGAGAAGUCGAUAGGUGACGGAUACGUAGAUGGAAUAGAGAAUACGAGGGAAUAUUCUCCGAAUAAAGAUUCUGAAGAACAAACUCAACCAAAGAAAGAGCAAGAUGACGAAGAAGCGGAAGAGGAUGAAGAUAAAUUAGGUGACUUGUUGCUUGGAGACUUCCUGAGAAAGAAAGAACUAAAGGAUUCUAUUACUACUUUUAUUGACAUACCAAAAGAUCAAAUGACUGUUAAAAAAAACCCGACUCCAAUGUAUAACGAUCCUGGCGCCCCCUUACCUAUAGCUCAGACGCCAGUGAUACCGCAGACAAUGAGCACGUCUGUAAACUCGUCAAACCCUCCAUCAUCUUCAGCUGCACCUGAGGAUCAAGGUAAAUCUGUCUUUUCUCCGAUUUUGUUUAAUCCUAUAAUCAAGAGUAAUAUUGAUUCAAAGUAUGGUAAGGGAGGAAAGUUUUAUGUUGAAAAGGAACUGUCCAUCGAUCCUGACAAAAAGAAGCAACUAAGAGCGACUAGUGUUAGCGGUUAUGACCCUCCAUCAAGAGAUAUAGAUACAACGAGAAACUUCUCUUCUUCAGAUUCUAGCGAGGAAAGUGACGAAGAUGAAACUUCUAUGCCAAAUUCACCUCCUUUGAAGCUCAACACAUUAAACGAAAGUUUCAUUAACCAACCGAACUCAUUUCAGCUAAACAAUACAAUAGUUGAGAGACAAAACUUGGGAUUCAGUAGUCUGAAUACUGGGGGAUUUGCUUCUCCCAUGUCGAAUAUGGUAGCAAAGUUCCCUACUCAGAAAGCUGACUCACCCUUUAUUGCGAACGAGCCUAACAAUUCUUAUGCUUCCAUAGAAUACGAGCAACAGUCGUCUUCUCAAAUACCUCUAAGCAUUAAUUCAGAGCCUGAAGGUUCAGGCAAAAGUUCAACUGAAUCUUCAAAUUAUUUACCUUUGAUAUUGAGGAGCAUUAAUGUGUCGACUAUCCCUACGUUCUUUCUUUUAAAUAAUUUGGUAGACACAAGUUUGAUACCAAAUUUCAAUAUUCAUGAUGUCGACGUAGAAGGAGAUUUUGAUAGCAGUAAGAACCAUGAAAUGCUGCUUAAAUUUAACAACGUGAGUGAAUCGAUAAAGUUCUUGAGCUCACAUAUAAUUUUCGACUUGGGUCUUAACAAUUUUAAGAAAAACAUAAAAAGUGUAAAUAAUACUGAAUCAAGUACAUCUUUAGUUGACUAUGAAAAAGCGGACUAUAUUUUUGAGAGUAGUUUUACCAAGUUGUUCCCUUACAGUUAUAAAGUAGACUUGAAAGAGUUUCUCAAUGGAAUGAGGACCGAGCCCAACAAUGAGUUGAAAGAUCAAUUGAACUUUCUAGGUCAAAUAUCAGAGGAUACUUCGGAUCGUAACACGAAAGUUAAAAGGUUAAAUAACAUUGAAUGGAAUUCCUUCAACUUGACUACAAGAAAUAAUGAAAAUUUCGAAGAGUAUAGCACCUUGAUGAAAGAAAUAGUUGAGAGUCUGGCUAUUGAAGAUGAAACUUUCUUCAGAUUACCGGCUUCAAAAAUAAGAGUUCACAAGAACGAUGCGAUCAUUAAUUUAAGCUCUACGGGAGUAAAUUUCUGGAAAUAUUUAAACUUCUCUCCGCUUCAUGGGAGAAAGAAUUUUCAAGUUUUGCUUAUAAGCGAGAAUGGAUCAUUCAACACAGAAUUCUUGAAUUCCUUAAUAUACAACUACAGAGAUUGUAAUUUUGGGGAUAUAUCGAAAGUAAAUCUCAAAACUUCAGAUACGAGACCCGAUUUGGAAAGCAUCAAUGAUGGGUUGUUGCUAUUCAACAAAGAGAAUGAACAAUCGUAUAAUAGUUUUUACAAACAAGUUAAUGUUAGAUUGACUUCAUUGGUGGAGUUAAUAAAGUUAGCUUUGAUCAAUAAGACCAGUGGCUUUGAGUUUGAUCGUCCAUUCCUUUUGCUAUUCCUUAACUUCAAUGAGAACUUAAAUUCACUUCUCAAGAUAGCAAGCAUUUUCAAGAACUUUGAGAACGCUUUGAAAGAUCAUCAACUUCCACUUGUUCAAAUGUUCACCAAAGUUUUACCAGGUGCAUUUUUUGUAAAGAGGAUUAACAAUCAAUCACAUCUAAGAAUAUUGUCUACGAUUAACACGUCAAAAAUAUCUAUGAAUUUGUAUAAUCAGUGUCCUAACGAUUUGGAAAAAAGAAGCUAUUCGAAUACUACAUUUACAAAAUUGGUUAGAGAUAAGCCAAAUGCAAUUCCGUUCAGAUCCUUUAACAAAAAUUCAAAAGAAAAUGAAAAUUCUAGUAACGAUGAUAUCUUCCUCCAUUUGGCAUAUGAAAGAUCAAUCGACAAAAGCUGGAUCUCUGCUGCAUGGUCUGAUCCUCAUGGGAAUGUUACAUUCACCAAAUCAUGGUGCUCAACAUUCGAUAAACGUAAUGGGGGAAAAGGACCAAACGAACUUGAAUCAAUAACUGAUGAGAUGUGGUCCAUUUCAAUAGAAAUCUUCAAGCGUCUCUCUGAUGAAGCAGUCAACAAGCCAUCUGGCUUUGGAGGAAGAAGGUUCUUAAUUUUAACAAGGAUCAACAGCAUCAUUCCAGAUGAUGAGUUAAUUCAUUGGAAGAGACUUAGUCUGAAACAGAAUGAUGUAUCGUUAGUAGUUUUGUCUGUCAAUCAGUCACCAAAAUUGGUAUUCUCUAAGCUGUCCUCACCGAAGGCUAAUGAAUCGAACACCCAUUUACAGCCUCAACAACAGAGACCUCAGGAUCUUUCUAACGACAGACUUCUCGAUUUCCCUUCCUUUAGAAACUAUUCUGUGAAUUCAUCGCCAGCUGCGGUGGGCAUGAUGACGUCUCCAGCCAAUAGUUUCCAAUCGCCUCAGCAGUUCUUAAAUGUACCUGGCAUCUUUUUGUCUCCACAAGAUAUCGCUACCAAUGGUGCUAUGAAUAGCAACGGAACCAAUAUAGAUUCAAACCUUACUAUUUGUGACCCCAGACGUGAGAUAUUCGCCGCGGUGCCAGAGGUUCCACUACCUUCAUUCAACUCACCUACAAGACUAGGUAUGAAAAUUGGGUACCUUUUGAAAGAACUCGAGACGAACGAUUACUUAGUCUUCGAAGUGAGCUUGCUUAGCUGCUCGAGCUUUUGGAAUACUCGACUGCUAAUGAAAAUAAUUCUUAAUCAUUACAAGAAGCUCAUUGUGUUGAAUGACAUUUUGGGUCUUCGAGACAUCGAUGCCGAAGUUUCGAACGAAGAUCCGUCUUCUGAUAAGUUUAAAAAAAUCGAAAUCUCAAGCACAAUCCCAUGGCACAUUGCUGCUGUAACCAAAUCCCUAGACUACCUAGUUCAUGUUAACGUGGAGGACUAG